CAAGCUGGCCACUCUCUUUCCAGGCUGCUGGUGUUUUUCUUUCAAAUUUAAAGUCAUGUCGUAACCCGAAACCAACUCAGGAACCGUACAGCCCGACACCCAAAUUCCCAGUGCAGGCACUUCCGGCGGAAACCUUCAGCUUCGCAGAUCAGCACCCAGACAUGUCGACCGCUUCGCGGAUUACCUUGGGCAUGGCGGUCUCUGUUUCCACGGCGAUCAUAGGUUAUGUGCACUAUAAACAAUCGGCAGACCGCCUGCGGCUCCACGAUGGUGUUUUGAGGGAUGUAGAGCAGCAGCAGCGGCGGAAGCACGAGAAUACCUACACGCUGCAGCAGCAAAUAGACAUGACCAAGCAGCUGAGGGCCAGGGAGGCUUCCAGCAGCUCCUCCGACACGCCAGUACCUCCAUCGAACUCCGCCUCGCAGAGGAAUCUUCAAGCGGGAACGGAGGCCACGCCGAAUGUCCAGGAACCCGAACUGCAGCAGCAUCCGGAGCAACCAGGAGCCGAGGGAACCGGGGAUGCAGAGGCAUCACAGGCUGAAGCAGCCACUCAGGAUGCACCCUCCAUCAGACGUGGCUUGAUCACCGAAAUGCCCUCCUUUGUGCACUAA